CUGCAAUCUUUGUGUUGCAUACCUAUGCAUUUCUCAUGAAAUGUUAUAUUAUAUAAAGGCCUCUAGAAAAACUUGUAUACAUCAUUCCCUCAUUCAUUAAUGGCUUUUCUACACUUCUCUAUGCUCUUACUUCUGUCUUCCAUAGGCAUUGAUGCAGCAGUCUUUACAUUGCAAAACAGAUGUCAAAAUACCAUAUGGCCAGCCAUCCAACCUAACGGUGGGCAGCCUGUACUCAUGGACGGCGGUUUUCAGCUUACACCACAUGAAUCAAGAAACGUGACAACCCCAGAACGAUGGGCCGGCCGCAUUUGGGGUCGAAGUGGAUGCAAGUUUGAUGGUCAUGGUCAAGGAACCUGCAUGACCGGGGACUGUGGAAGCGGUCUCUACUGCAGAGGUGCUGGUGGUGUACCGCCAGCUUCUCUAGCGGAGUUCACACUCGACAGCCCACUUGACUUCUACGAUGUGAGCCUUGUAGACGGCUACAACAUGCCCAUCUCCAUAUUCCCACAUGAUGAUUCAGGCGUUUGCGCAAGUGUUAGAUGUGAUGCGGACCUUAACCAACAUUGUCCAGCAAAUUUGAUUGUGAGAGGGGACGGUGGGGAGACCGUGGCUUGCAAGAGUGGAUGCACCGCUUAUCAGACGCCUGAAUAUUGUUGCACCGGGGAGUAUCAAAAUCCUGAAACGUGCCAGCCGACAACGUACUCACAGUAUUUUAAGGAAGGUUGUCCGAGUUCUUAUAGCUACGCUUUCGACGACCAGUCAAGUACUUUUACAUGCCGAGAUUCAGAUUACUUGAUCAUAUUCUGUUAACUUUGUUACUAGCACAUAGUGUCUGGUUCCUCACUCCAUAUCAAGAUUAUUAUAGCAAAUAAAAUGAUUUAUGAUUUAAGGAUUCAA